ACCGGAAACUGUAAAGCACAAACCGUUUGUCAGAGAAGAUGAGGAUACACUCAGGGGAUGAUGAUGAUAUUAGCUGAGGAGAGACAGUGGAGGAGAAAAGAUGUGAAACAAACUGGUGGGAAGACAGUCAUUUGGAGGACGGUAACUUGAUCAACAAGGUGGUGAAAUGAGUUCUUCAGAAGAGCUGAAAGAGGCAGACACAGACGUUAGCAGACCUCAUCAGUGUCAGACGUGUGGGAAAUCUUACAGUCGGAUCUGUAGUCUCAAAAGACAUGAACUCACUCACACUGCAGACAAACUGUACCACUGUGAACAAUGCGACAGCAGCUUCAGUGAGCUAAAGACAUACAAGCUCCACCUGCAGACCCACACUGAGGAAACACCAUACUGCUGCAGCCUGUGUGGGAGACAUUUCAGCGACCAGAGCUCAUACAGAAAACACCUGAGCAACCACACUGGACCAUACCAGUGUGACCGAUGUGAAAAGACCUUCAGUCAGUGGGGUAAUUUCACAGUACACCUGCGCGUCCACACUGGAGAGAAACCACACCACUGUGACUUAUGUGGGAAAAGCUUCCGUUGUUUAAGUACUUACAGAAACCAUGUGCGCACCCACACUGGAGAGAAACCUUAUUGUUGUGACUACUGUGGGAAGAGAUUCACUCAGUUCAGCACUUAUAACCAGCACCUGCGUAUCCACACUGGAGAGAAGCCGUAUCAGUGUGAGCAGUGUGGGAAGAGUUUCAGUCGCUCGAGCAAUUACAAGCAGCACCAGCGCGUCCACACUGGAGAGAAAUCAAACUGGUGUGAUCAGUGUGGGAAAAGUUUCAAUCGGCUAGGAAGCUACGUCCGACACCUUCGUGUGCACACGGGGGAGAAGCCAUACUGGUGUGAGCAGUGUGGUAAAGGCUUCAGUCAGCCAGGGAGUUACAACCAGCACCUACGGAUCCACACAGGAGAAAAACCGUACUGGUGUCAGCACUGUAAGAAAUUCUUUACGUGGUCUCUGUCCUUGAAGAGACAUCGCUGUGUUGAAAUAGAUGGAGAGAGCUCAGACUGUGUAUAGGAAAGAAAAGACUCUCAUCCUUUUCCAUCUCAGAGUGAGUGUCUAAGUACAAUUGUGCGUUUAGCUACUGUUACAAAUAAGAAACUAUGUAAUCCUAUGAUACUGACAAUAACAUUGGAGUUCAUCUGUCAGUAUAGAGUCGUCAUUUUAGGAGAAGGUGUUGUAAUCACAGUUAUGAUGAUAACUGCAUCACCCGGCCUGUACUCAUCCCCAGUAGGGGUGUAAAAAAACAAGCUCACAAUGGGAUAUUAUAUCAGUUCUUUGGGCAGUGUUACAGCAUUUGCUGAUAUUGCAAUGUCUACCACAAUGCCAUUUCAAUUAAAUUAAGGGACCUGCGAUCAAUAUAAGGCGAUAUCAUUGUCUUUUUCUUGGCUGCUUACCAUAAUCUGCCUGGUAUUAGGCUGCUAGCACUCCCUUAAUACUAAGAAGGAUGUGUACUUGGACAUAAAUGGUGACACAAACACGCCAUGGGAAUUUUGAAAUAAAGGUAAAUCUCAAAAAUGAUAUGUAUCGACAAUAAUGGAUCGUUGAUGAUUAAAUUGAUACAUCAAUCCAGAUUAAUGUAUCGUUGCACAUCUCAUUCCCAGGUCAUCAAAAAUUGAUGCUUGGUCACAUCCCUCGGUGCCUGAUAGCGAUGCACAGGGCAUCCUUUAGCGCAGUGGUUCCCAACUGGUCCAGCCACGAGUUCCAGAU